UGCGAUCAAGCAAUAGAUCCCACUCGAGGAUGACAGCUUUUUUCCUUUGGGGUCAAUUUGCCCAUUUAAAGGAAAUUAGAAUUAUAUUUUUAUACGUCAGAAUUCAUUCUGCAAAUGGAGUGAUAAUCUUAAGUGAGUUUUCUGAGAAAUGCAUGCAAACAUUGUGACAGGGUAAAACUGUCUCUCUUCAUAGUUAUUUUUUAUUUAAUCUUUUAAAUAUCCAACUAUAAUAAAGAUUAAAACAUGGCAUGAACAAAAUCAAAAUUACAUUAAAAAUUAGUUGUUCCAGAGGACAAGGCAUGUUCGCUUCAAGAUACAGUAUUGUCUUAUUUAAUAUGAAACAUGAAUUACAAAAUUAUCUAAGCCCUGAUGAAUAUCAUUGAAAUAUGACUUUUUGUGCCUUUUCUGUAAUGCAGCUACACAGUUUUAAAAUGUUCUAUUUUAAUAUUAACUGACACACAAAAACCAAGUAAACUGAAAAAAAUAGACACGUAACUCAAUUUCUUUUGCCAAACCAAUGUAAAGUAGAAUAAUGUAUUUAAGUAUGGCACUUAUCCGACCUAAAUGAAACAAAAUACAUCAUCGGCUUUCUCUCUUGAAGUCUCAGACCACCCCGCCUUUUUCAGCCUCCGGGGAGGGAGUUUUUAAUAAUGGCCUGUGUAAACUGAUGCUCAGGCAGUGAGUUUGGAGAAGCGCUGCUUGACUAGAAAUCAAACAGAGAAGCUCAGUCUAAAUGAAAAUCAGUUUGUGAGGGUUAGCAAAAGUUUUGUCUAAUUUAAAAGAAAAUGUCGUUUCUCUCCAAAGCUUUGAAAAUGGAUUGCAAACAGGUGAUUGAAACUCAAAGGAACUAUAUUUAUAGUGUUGUUUUUGGCAAUAAGUUUCACCAGCUGCCCAAACUUUCAGGCAGCACUUCCUUGGAGAUGCAAAAUAAUGCAGCUGCAGCUGCAGCAACAGAGGACAAAGAAGAGGAGAUGGUGGAAACUUCAGAGGAAGCCAAGGGACUUCUCAAACCCAGCCAACAUCCAAGCCGCCGAAGAGUGAAAAGCCUGAAAGAAAUGCCAGGACCCAAGACUUUCUCCAAUCUCAUGGAAUUUUUCUGUAAGGAUGGUUUUGCCCGCAUUCAUGAAAUCCAGCAGAAACAUGUACAGGAAUAUGGAAAAAUUUUCAAGUCUCACUUUGGUCCCAAACUAGUUGUGUCCAUUGCAGAUAAAGACAUGGUGGCUCAUGUUUUACGGGAAGAAGGUUGCAUGCCACAAAGAGCUGACAUGGAUUCCUGGCAGGAAUACAGAACUUUACGGGCGCGAGCUACAGGGCUUAUAUCAGC